AUGGCCAACUCUUCCCAUGGAACCAUCAUGUUUUGUAUAAACAUGUUGUAUGGCUCCUUUCUAGUAGUGCUAGUACUUAAUGCCAUGAUAUCCUAUGUGUCCAUACAUCAAUACAAGAGUUGUUCCUCGUCUCUAGUGUCAAGUUAUCAAGGCCAUCAUCAUGAAGACGACGCUGAACCCUCUAGAUUCCUUUUCUUCCAUAGUUAUGACUUCCAACAUUACUUUUCUCAGUUUUCAAACUUGCUACCAAGCGUCAAUGCUCAAACCUGUUUUUCAAAGGCGUGGAAUGAUGCCAGUGUUUGUACUGGUCACGGAUUUUGUACAGGCGCUGAUACUUGUUAUUGCAACGACAUGAAUUCUAACAAUAUGUUAAAAUCAGAUGGAAGCAAUAUUCUCUAUGGCGGAAAUUCAUUGACCCUCUACAGUAAUUACUAUUAUUUACAAAUGCAACCUUAUGGAAAUUUAGUUCUCUAUGACAACACUGCGGGCUCUUAUCCGUACUGGAUGAGCGGCACUCACAAACAAGGAUCAGCUCCCUAUGAAUUAAGGUUGGAAUCCACAGGCAGACUCGCUAUUUAUGGAAACAAUGUACUCGUACGAGAAAUCAAUCCAGCGUGUGAAGGUCAAACAGCACCUUUCCGAUUAGUGUUAGAAGCGAAUGGUCUUGUAGCCAUCUACAGUGCAGAUGCUAUUCGAUGCUGGGAUACAGGAACUGCCGACUCAAGCAAACCUUCCUACUAUGCGUGGGUGGAUAGUCAAUGCUCAACUCCUGUGUGUUGGGGACUGAAUGCCACCGAUCCAACAGUUUGUAGUGGAAGAGGAAAUUGUACAAGUCCUCACUCGUGCUCAUGUAUUUCAGGUACUGGUGGUUCCAGAUGUGAAUACAAUGUUUGCAAUGGUAUCUAUCAAUACUCGUAUGGUGUUUGCAGUAAUCAUGGAUCGUGUACUGGACCAAACACAUGCACAUGUUCAGGAAAUUACGAAGGAACUUACUGUAAUGAAUGGAGCUGCAAUUCCAUCAAAUCGACCAAUACCACCUAUGUUUGUUCUGGACAUGGUACAUGUUACUCACCAAAUUAUUGUAUCUGUAAUGGAGGAUAUUCGGGUUCCAAUUGUGAAACUCAUUAUUGUUACUCUGUUUUGAAUUCAAAUCCUUCCGUUUGUAGCGGACAUGGCAAGUGUCUCCACACAGAUGUUUGUCAGUGCAGCACAGGUUAUUAUGGAUCGACUUGUGACAGUUGGAAUUGUAACGGAAUAAGCAAAACUUUGGUUGGAACAGUAUGCUCUGGAGUUGGUACCUGUACUGCUCCUGACACUUGUUCAUGUAAUGAAGGAAGAUAUGGAUCGAAUUGUGAGGCUUGGAAUUGUAAUGGCAUCAUUUUCAAUAGCACCUCUGUAUGCUCUUCUCAUGGUACAUGCACUGGAAUUAAUACUUGUUCUUGUCAGACUGGAUACUAUGGCAAUAAUUGUGAAAAUCAUCAGUGCAAUGGAAAGGUUUAUAAUGCAUCUGACGUUUGUUCAGGUAAUGGAGUUUGUUCUUCGCCUAAUAACUGUACCUGUAAUAGUGGAUAUAGUGGCUCAGAUUGUGAAAUUUUUAGCUGCAAUGGAAUUCUCAAGACAAACCCAACCGUUUGUUCUGGAAAUGGUACUUGCUCCUCGUUUAACAAUUGUACCUGCAACACGGGAUAUUAUGGAACGAAUUGUGAGUUCUAUGACUGCUCUGGUUUACUCUACAAUUCGACAGAUGUUUGUUUGAGAAGAGGUCAAUGUAUUCGUCCAAACACUUGCUCUUGCAACACUGGAUACUAUGGCAAUAAUUGUGAAUUGUUUACUUGUGAUGGUAUUGCACACACGAAUACCUCAUAUGUCUGUGGCGGUCAUGGAUCCUGUAAUUCUUACAACAAUUGUACCUGUCAAGAAGAUUACUAUGGAAAGUAUUGCACCAGUUAUUACUGCUUUGGCAUUGAAAAUAACAGUACUCUUGUUUGUUCCACGAAUGGUACUUGCUCUUCACCAGAUAAUUGUACCUGUAAGAAUGGAUUUUAUGGGUCCAUGUGUGAAAACUAUGAUUGCUUUGGAUUUGAGUUUUCAGAGAGUGGAGUGUGUAGUGGAGCAGGUCAAUGUCUUGGCCCCAACCAUUGCUCUUGCAAUUUAGGAAAUUAUGGUCCAAAUUGUCAAUACUACACCUGUGGAUCAGUCUUGUACAACAUGAGUAAUGUGUGUUCUGGCCAUGGUGUCUGUGAUUCUUACAAUAACUGUACCUGUGACGCUGAAUAUUUUGGUACUUAUUGCUCUCAAUAUGAAUGUUUUGGUCAUGAAAAUAAUGAUACUCUAGCUUGUUCAGGUCAUGGUGUUUGUUCUUCACCCCAUAACUGUACCUGCAAUGAAGGAUAUUAUGGCAUGAAUUGUGAAUUUUUCAAUUGCUCUGGAGUUGUGUUCUCAGAUGGUAAUGUGUGUAGCGGAAAUGGUGCUUGUGUGAAACCCAACAAUUGCUCAUGCUUGCACGGAUACUAUGGAAGCAAUUGUGAGCUCUAUCAAUGCAAUGGUACUCUUUUCAACCAAUCGAAUGUUUGUUCAGGACAUGGUGCAUGCUUUGCCUACAACAACUGUUCUUGUGAUGCAGGAUACUAUGGAGAUUUUUGUAAUGAGUUCGAUUGUUUUGGAUUUGAAUUUAAAAACGCAAUGGCUUGUUCAGGAAAUGGUACUUGUCUGUCGCCUGAUAAUUGUACCUGUCGUGCAGGAUAUUAUGGUGCAGCUUGUGAAUUGUAUGAUUGCUAUGGCGUCGUUUACACGAAUGCCUCUGAUUACUUGUGUUACGGACUUGCUUCAAACAGCACCAAUGUUUGUAAUGGACAUGGAGACUGCACAGGACCAAAUAAUUGUUCUUGCAAAUUCAAUUUCUAUGGUGCCACUUGUGAUUUAUAUAAUUGCUUUGGUGUUCUCUACAAUAGCUCGAAUGUGUGUUCAGGAAGAGGAGUGUGUCACAGCCACAACAAUUGUUCCUGUAACUCUACAGAGUAUUAUGGACCAAAUUGUGAUCAAUUUAGUUGCUUUGAUAUUCAUAAGGACAAUAGCUCUUAUGUUUGCAGCGGACAUGGUGUUUGUGCAACACCCAAUAAUUGUAGUUGCAUGAAUGGAUAUUAUGGAGAUCGUUGUCAAUUCUUUGAAUGUCAUGGAAGUCUUUUCUCCAACACUUCAGUGUGUAGUGGUCACGGAACCUGUCAAUCUCCAAAUAACUGUUCUUGUUUGCCAAAUUACAGUGGCUCCAAUUGCCAAGAUUUCGACUGUUUUGGAAUUAAUUCAACUUCUUCAUCAGCAUGUAAUGGAAAAGGUCAUUGCAUUGAUUUUAAUAAUUGCAGUUGUAACGCAGGAUGGUUUGGCUCCUCGUGCUCACUUACUUCAUGCUUUGGCGUCGCAUCGAGCAAUAGUUCAGUAUGUAGUGGAAAGGGAUCUUGCUUCGCUCCCGACAAUUGUACAUGUGUCAAUGGAUAUUACGGAGAUAAUUGCCAAUUCCAUGAUUGUCAAGGAACAAUAUAUUCAAACUCGUCAGUAUGCAGUGGAAAGGGUACUUGUUCUGGACCAAACCAAUGCUCUUGCUCACAAGGCUAUUAUGGAGCUCGGUGUGAAUAUUUCUAUUGCAAUGGAAAAUUAUUCAAUGAUUCCAUGUCAUGCAAUAUGGGUACUUGUGUGUCACCAAAUCAGUGUAUUUGUAAACCAGGAUACUAUUCUAUGGCUUGUGACAUGUACAAUUGCAGCAACAUUCCUUUCAAUUCCUCCAAUGUAUGCAGCGGCCACGGAUCAUGUCAAUCUCCAAACAACUGUUCUUGCAUGCCAAAUUACAGUGGACCCAAUUGCCAAGAGUUCCAAUGCUUUGGAUUGAAUUCAACUUCUCCCUCGGCAUGUAAUGGACAUGGUCAUUGCAUUGAUUUUAAUAAUUGUAGUUGCUUGAACGGAUAUUAUGGAGAUCGUUGUCAAUUCUUUGAAUGUAGUGGAAGUCUCUUCACCAACGCAUCUGUGUGUAGUGGUCACGGAACAUGUCUAUCAUCAAACAAUUGCUCUUGUUUGCCAAAUUACAGUGGAUCUAAUUGCCAAGAUUUCAAAUGUUUUGGAAUUAACUCAACCUCUCCAUCAGCAUGUAAUGGAAAAGGUCACUGCAUUGAUUUUAAUACUUGUAGUUGUAGUGCAGGAUGGUUUGGCUCCUCGUGCUCCAUCACUUCAUGUUUUGGAAUUGCUUCCAAUCUCAGCUCAGUAUGUAGUGGAAAAGGCUCCUGUAGCUCUCCUGAUGUUUGUAGCUGUCAAAAGGGAUACUAUGACAAUAACUGUCAAAUGCCCUCUUGUUUCUCAAUUCUAGCCAAUAUGACCAAUGUUUGUAACGGAAAAGGUUCCUGUGUUGGGCUUGAUACAUGCUCAUGCUCAGAGGGAUUUACUGCUUCAGAUUGUAGUGUAACCACUUUGCCCUUAACCAUUUUCUUGAAGAAAUCGCAACAAAAAGUUUAUCAAAAUAUCACCUACUUGGAAAUUGAGAUAUUUUCCAAUGACUUUGAAGGACUAGAUGCAUCAAAACUAUCGUUCAGUUGGGUGUGUGAAAACUGCACCGGAGUAACGAACGCUUCCAUUUACAUGAAUCAAACAGCUAGCAGAAUUCUUAUUGUUAAUCCAAGCAUGUUAUUGGCCCCCGCCACCUACAGUUUCUUUGGAAACGUUACCUAUGAUAAUGGUGAAAAAUAUCCUCCACGACUUUCCAACGCUGUGAAAUUUACCUUGACAGUUCUUCCAGUUCCAAUCAUUGAUGUCAAUGUACCAUCUCUCGAAAUAUUUGGUUUGCCCUCUGCGUACGUCAGAACAAAGCUUGAAGCUGGGCAAUCCAUUGAGGCCAUUGUUUCCAAAGUUUCCCUCAAUCAAACCAUUGUUCAAUCAUUCUUACUUUGUGAUGGAAAUUGCUCCUCCCCGCUCACCUAUCAUUGGCGUGUUAGUGCUAAUGUGAAUGGAACUGCCGUUCCAAUGUACACCUCAACGGGUGCAACGACGGGUGCUACUACAGGUGCCAAUAACUUGCUCUUCUCACCAGCCAUUACCAUGUCCACUUCUGGUUACAUUUCUUCAAGUUCUUCCAUUGUCAUGUCACUCGCUGUAUUCAAUUCACAAGGUAAAAACAUGACUGGUACUGUUUCCAUACCAAUUAUUCAACCAGCAAGACCUCCAGUCAUCGUUGUCGUGAAGAAUGAUACAACAACGAACCAAACAGUUAUUGAAGUAGAAAAGAUUGUUUCUGUGGUGCCCACACAAGGUACAGCUCUCACUGAUCAAUUCACUAUUGCCAUCCAGCCAUGGAACGCUCCUGAAGAAUUGUUACCAUUGAGCUAUGCUAUUGGUUUCUACGAUCCUAACACUGGUAAGCCAGUACGAUUGACAGAAUUUUCGACCAAUACCUCUCUCUCGGUUUACUUACCUUUUAUUAAGGCAAAGGCCACAAGUAGUAAGAGAGCAGCAGCGACUCAGGAAAUUAAAUUGGUCGUCUUUGUCAUGGAUGCACUUGGAAAUAUAGAUUCUCAAGCUGAGCAAACGCUUCCAGUUCAAGUGGCUGCAUUUAAUGGAACAUCCGAACAAUUGCUUGAGAAGGUGAACAGUUUGAGUGGAGCUGCAUUGACUGUUGCUGCCUACGAUCAAUCCAUCACUGUGGUUAGUGCAAACUCAGGUGGUAACUCUAGCGAGCUCGUGUAUCAACUUGUCAAGAAGAUUGAAAUUGACCCAAAGAAUCCAGCUGGUGCUCUUGCUACAUUUGAGGCUUUAACCUCAACCGUUGGAUCUGUAAACCCAGGAGUUGUGACAGAAAUUACAACCAAAUUGACAAGCUUUGUCAAUUCUAUUGAGGACCUUUACAAUCAAGAAAUUAAGCUCUAUGGUUUCGUCAAGUCUAAACUUUCUGCCACUGAUGUCACAUCAAGUAUUGCUGUCACUUCUAAUUUAUUAUCAUCCGGUGUUGGAGCAGAUCAAACUGUGAGUGUGACCUCAAAAUUGGCUAGUAUGGUCUUGUUGGGAGAAGUUCCAAAAGUGCUUAACCCUCAAGAGAAAGAACUACCAAAAGUUUCCUUCUCGACUCCUCUUAUUAACAUUACAAUCUCCAGCUUCAAGUUAUCUGGACCUGUGAGCGGAAAUCAAACUCUUUCCUCUGGUGAAACAGAAAUUGGGCUUAGUAUUUCCAGUAUCAUGUCUCAAUACAAUGGCUACUCCAAGAAUUCAGGAACAUCAUUGAUUUCAUAUUCCACACUUCCAUAUUCUAACAAUUAUACUCGAUCAAACCCAAGUACAUCCAUAGCCGUUGACUUUAAGUAUUUGCAAGAUGCUACCACAGUUCCUCUCAAGGACCUUGCUCAACCCAUUAUACUUUCGUUUAAGAUUUCACUGGAUUCAAAGAACAUUACUUCAAAUAAUACCUUUUCAUGUCGGUACUAUGAUGAAUCAAAAUCAAGUUGGAGCGAAUCUGGAUGUACUCUCCAUUCUGUGGAUUUAGCUUCUGGAACGAUUCAAUGUGCAUGCACUCACACAACCAUGUUCUCCACUUUCCUUGAACAGAAGACUCAAGUUCUUCCUCCUGUAGUGAGAGAUCAAGUUGCUUCUCUGUACUUUGCUCAAAUUGCAUUUGGUGUUUUCUAUUUCAUUGCAUCAUCAGUGAUUUUAAUAUUGUUGAUUGUAUAUAGAAAGGAACAACCAGUGAGCAGUCGAUUGGUAACACCUUAUUUGGGAAUGGCAGCACUAAUGAUCGAAAGUUUAUUAGUAUACAUCAUUCAAAGAGGUGUUCUUGUUGGUCAGUUAUUGUCUAGUGACAGCCAAAUGUGGGAAGCUGGAGACACUGCAGCCAACGUCAUUGCAAAUAUUGUGGCAAUUGUUGUGAACACUAUGAAUCUAACAGCAAUUUUAUCAUAUGUCAUGCAAGUGUUUAGAUUCCAGUUCAUGAAAUAUCUCUAUCAGUUAAUUGCCGAAUCUAGAGGAGAUGAAAAGAAGAGUGAAAGAAUUCUAAAAGCACUACGUUAUUGUACCUCGACUGGCUUGUUUGUGACCAUCGUAGUGGUGUUUGCAAUUAUUAAUUUGUGUUAUUGGACGUUGUGGGUAAUAUUGAGAAGAACUAAUGCCAUCUCAGCAUCUGCUUAUACUUAUAUUGUUUCCAUUUCAUACACACUAACUGCAUUUGUGUUCAGUGUGAUUAUUAUUGGUGUCACUAUCUUCGACUUUAUCGGUUCUCAAAAGGUAGAAAAAGAAAGAAAAGCUCGAGCCGUUGGCAAGAAGAGAGAGUCCAAUGUAUUCUAUGCAGAUAACGGAGCGUCUAAUACCAAGAAAGAAUACACCAAUCCUCUUGUAGGCAUGUACAGAUGGUUCAUUUCACUCGAUGGACCACUCUAUUUCAGAAUGGAAAUGAUUCUCUACAUUGUUAGUUUUAGUUUCCUAUUCCUGAAUCAAGUCAUUGGUCUCAGCAGUUUAUCCUUUAGAUUUGAAUCUGCUGAAUUAUUCCAGAAAGCUUUAACAGUAGAUGGAGUUUCAUUUAUCUUUGAAGUACUUUACGUUCUUUCUUACUUGUUAGUCUUUGGUGGAUACACCUUGCUUGUUCUUCUCCAUUACAAGACCAGAAGCCAACGAAGAAAUCGUGAAAAGCAAAAGAGCCAGGACAGACAAGAGAAUAGCCAACAAGAAAUUACCGCCACACAAGUCAACGAUGGCGAAGAAGAACUUGUCAAUAAGGAUAUGAGUAUCGUGUUGGACAGUGAAGAAGGAUAUCACUUAUUUGAAGCUUUCUGUGAAAAGGAAUUUUCUUUGGAAAACAUUUAUCUUUACACAGAUUUACGAUCCAACAAGUCCAUUACUUAUGGCGAGGAUUUAGCUGCUGUUCCAAAAUUCCUUUCCUUCAUUUAUAAUACGUAUAUCAUGACAGGAGCAACAACAGAAGUGAACAUUCCGUCGAAAUGUAGAAAUUCAUUCCUUUAUCUGUACAAGAAUGUUCUUAACAAACAACAAGAAGCAAGAGAAAACUUCCAACUUGACAUUGAAAACUUGGAUAAGGACAUUAAGGUUGCAACCAAGAACACUCCAGUUCCAAUGUUUGACAUUGAUGCUAAAUCAGUGAGAGAUUGCUUUAAUACUUUGAAUCGACAAAUUUUAGUGAACUUGGGUGACACCUUCUCUCGUUUCGUUUUCAGUCCAGAAUAUGUCACUUUCAGUAAGGCCUAUGAAUUGCAACAAGUCAUGAUUGAUCAAGCUAACGUGGUGUAUUUGUGUUAA